GCUAGAAGUCUUUGUGGGGUGGAUUUGAAUGCUGUACUCCCUGCCUGGGAUAAAUCCUUGGGAAUGAAAAGGCAUUCUUCUGGCUUCAUUCUUGAUGAUGGUUAAAGCUCUCAGAGUUGCUUGAACAAUCUUUUGUCCCCUAUCCCCGGGUGUUAGAUGUGUGGCAGCAGGACAGGGAUGCAGGCCUCAGCCCUGGGCAAGACCCUGGCUGCCCGUGCCCUCUGUCCUCACUGUGGGUCAGGGGGAGGGAGUGUCUGGGAAUGCCAGCCUGCUCUGGCUUGGCUGCCCUGGUCACAUAUCAUAGAAGCUGCCUUGUGGACUAGGUUUCUUGUCAUUUGUACCUUUCCUACAAGGACAGUGCAGAACAGGAGAUGCUCAAGGACUGGUACAGGGGAGAUGCUCAGAAAUAUUUGUGGCAUCAAGUAGGCAGUCAAUGAAUGGGCUCCCCCCUCCCCUUUCCGUCCUCACCAAUCGAGGAAGAACAGUGAGCUGAGAGCCAGUUCUGGCUUUUUCCGCGUUGCCCCGUCUGUCUGACCUCAGCAGUCCCUUCACCUACUCUCCCUUUAAGUUCCUCCUGUUUGAGAAUGAAAGCGUUGAUGGUGUCUGCUGUUCCUUCCCACUCUGACAGGCCUCUCCUGGUCCCAGGAGGGUCUUUCGCUCUUAGUCUUGGGCUUUAUUCUCUUUCAUACAGGCUUCUGGGCCCCCAGGCAAGUUCCUGUCUUCCCUCCAUCCCUGCUCUGACUCUGAGGAUUGUACACCCUAUCCUUCUCAGCUUUUUCCUUUCCAGACUGAAGUGUGGAGAGUGAUGCUUUUUUUUUUUUUUGGCUUUUCUUCACAAAAUACCGGCCCCUCCCUCUCUAGUCUGUCUGUGGGCCUUCUCCAGCUCCAUAACGUCUGUCUAUCUAGUUUGUCUGUCUCCUUGUUUUUCUCCUGAGGUGUGGUGACCUGGCCCACCCAGUUUCCCAUCAGGGACACACUUCACAUUUGCUCCGGGAACCACUCUCCCAGUGUCAUGCAGAACCCCAGGCAGCUGCAGAAGUUUGCCAUGCCACACAAUAACCCCUUUUCCCUGAGCUGGGCCAGCUCACCAAAACCAGUUUCCCCAGUUAGGUGGUGCUUUUACUGUGGGUGAGGCCAUUCCAUCAGAGUUGCCUCCUCCCUUAGGAGCUUUGCUCCUUCUGCGGGCCGCACCCAAGCCAGAAGGUGCCUCACUGGUCAGGAAUGCUGCCUUCUCCAGAGCUGACUUCCUGCAGGUCUGGCCCAGGACAACCCAGCGGUUUACAAGGCACUUGUUGAUCACCUCUCUGUCUUGUUUCCUUUGAAACCUCAGGAGUUUUUGGUCCUGCAUUCUGUGUUUGAGAGCUGCCCUUGACCUCUGCUGGGGUCACCAUGGGGCUGGACCACUUGGGUUUUAAGCUGCUCCGACCCCUUUGAAUUGCAAAUGAGAAUUAAUAGAAAGGUCUCCUUGAUGGUUGGGAAGCAGCAUGUAGGCGCACAGAGGGAGGGAUGCGAGUUGAAAGGGCUGUGAAGGGUCCUCAGAGAGGCUGUCAGAUUGUUGCUUCUCCACAGAGUCUGUUAGGACCUUCGGGGCUCCGGGGCCGGGCUCGCCCGAUGAGCUUGUUCCCACGCUGACCUGGUCCCAUCUGAACAUCUGGGGCCUUUUCUGCCUAGAUAAAUUCUCUUUGUAGUUAGCCUUUUAGGUUGUGGGUUCAUUAUGUGACUCUCUCUUGGCUGCAUUCUCCUUGUGGGUCUUAGUUAAUUGAGAAGGAAGUUUUUAUGUUGUCACACGUACUUUAACGUGGUCAUGCAUGAGCAACUUUGGGAGCUUUAAAUUUUUUUUUAACAUUUAUUUUUUUUAAACCAACUCCUGUACUUGUGAGAACUGUGUCUGUGGGUUUGGCUUAAGAACUGGAUUCUUUUUCUAGCUGUUCCUUUUUAACCCUAUUUAUCCCCUCACCCCCACCCCACGCCACCCUAUAGAUAUUCAGAUGCUCAGGAUGUCCUGUUGGCAGCACCUCUGAGGUUUGGAGAAUGCUUUUACUUUUCAAAGUACUAGAGAUUGAGGUGACAUGUGUGGGAGUUGACAGAGUCUGGAAAUUUACAGGAUGGGGAGCCAGGAGGGAUACCCGGAAGUGAGGCGAGUCAGGUGGGAAACGGGGGGUCAGCAGCAGGUAGGGGGUGACCCUUUCUGCAGGUGCUCUGACAGCCAUCAUGUGGGGACCCCAGGAGGAGUCUGGGGCCUGGCACCCUUCCCCUUUGUGUACCUGCUCAACUCUCCCCACGCCUCUGGCCCAGAGCCGUGGAGCUGACGGUGGGUCAGACCUGGAAACCUGGGGACCGGAGCCUGUUCACCAGUGGGAAGAUGGUGAGUUGGAGGAAGGUGAACUGGAAGAUGAUGGGGCCGAGGAGACCCAGGACACCUCUGGAGGCCCGGAGAGGAGCCGGAAGGAGAAGGGGGAGAAGCACCACAGCGAUUCUGAUGAGGAGAAGUCUCACCGGAGGCUGAAGCGGAAGCGGAAGAAAGAGCGGGAGAAGGAGAAGAGGAGGUCCAAGAAGAGGCGGAAAUCCAAGCACAAACGCCAUGCUUCUUCGAGCGAUGACUUCUCUGACUUCUCGGAUGACUCGGAUUUCAGCCCCAGUGAGAAGGGGCACCGCAAGUACAGAGAGUACAGCCCCCCGUACGCGCCGUCCCACCAGCAGUACGCCCCGUCGCACACCACGCCCCUGCCCAAGAAGUCCUACUCCAAGAUGGACAGCAAAGGCUACGGCAUGUAUGAAGACUACGAGAAUGAGCAGUACGGGGAGUACGAGGGCGACGAGGAGGAGGACAUGGGCAAGGACGACUACGACGACUUCACCAAAGAGCUGAACCAGUACCGGCGCUCCAAGGAGGGCAGCAGCCGGGGCCGAGGCAGCCGAGGCCGUGGCAGGGGCUAUCGGGGCCGAGGAAGCCGCGGAGGGUCUCGGGGCCGAGGCAUGGGCAGAGGCAACCGAGGCAGGGGCAGGGGCUCCGUGGGAGGAGACCACCCAGAGGAUGAAGAGGACUUCUACGAGGAGGAGAUGGAAUAUGGAGAAAGUGAGGAGCCGAUGGGAGAUGAGGAUUAUGACGAUUAUUCCAAGGAGCUGAACCAGUACCGCCGGUCUAAGGAUAGCCGGGGACGAGGGUUAAGUCGAGGCCGUGGCCGGGGUUCCCGAGGUCGAGGGAAAGGCAUGGGCCGGGGCCGCGGCCGUGGGGGCAGCCGAGGAGGGAUGAACAAGGGCGGGAUGAACGAUGACGACGACUUCUACGACGAUGAUGUGGGCGAUGGUGGUGGAAGCUACCGGAGGAGUGACCACGACAAGCCCCACCAGCAGUCUGACAAGAAAGGCAAAGUCAUCUGCAAGUACUUCGUGGAAGGGCGAUGCACAUGGGGAGACCACUGUAAUUUUAGCCAUGACAUCGAGCUACCAAAGAAGCGAGAACUGUGCAAGUUUUACAUCACUGGAUUUUGUGCCAGAGCCGAGAACUGCCCCUACAUGCAUGGUGACUUUCCGUGUAAGUUAUACCACACGACUGGAAACUGCAUCAACGGUGACGACUGCAUGUUCUCCCACGACCCUCUGACUGAGGAGACGCGAGAGCUCUUGGAUAAGAUGUUGGCGGAUGACGCGGAAGCGGGCGCUGAGGAUGAGAAGGAAGUCGAGGAACUGAAGAAGCAGGGCAUCAACCCCCUGCCCAAACCUCCCCCCGGCGUGGGCCUCCUGCCCACUCCGCCCCGGCCCCCCGGCCCCCCAGCCCCAACCUCUCCAAAUGGCAGGCCCAUGCAGGGUGGCCCCCCGCCCCCACCCCCACCCCCUCCUCCACCCCCCGGGCCCCCGCAGAUGCCCAUGCCGGUGCACGAGCCGCUGUCCCCACAGCAGCUGCAGCAGCAGCAGGACAUGUAUAACAAGAAGAUCCCCUCCUUGUUUGAGAUCGUGGUGCGACCCACGGGACAGCUGGCUGAGAAGCUGGGUGUGAGGUUCCCUGGACCCGGAGGACCCCCAGGGCCAAUGGGCCCCGGGCCCAACAUGGGACCCCCAGGGCCGAUGGGCCCAAUGCAUCCGGACAUGCACCCUGAUAUGCAUCCUGACAUGCAUCCAGACAUGCACCCCGACAUGCACCCCGACAUGCCGAUGGGCCCUGGCAUGAACCCUGGCCCGCCCAUGGGACCUGGAGGCCCCCCAAUGAUGCCCUAUGGUCCUGGAGACUCCCCACAUUCUGGAAUGAUGCCUCCCAUCCCACCAGCCCAGAACUUCUAUGAAAACUUUUACCAGCAACAAGAGGGCAUGGAAAUGGAGCCAGGACUCAUUGGGGAUGCAGAGGACUACGGGCACUACGAAGAGCUGCCGGGGGAGCCUGGGGAGCACCUCUUCCCCGAGCACCCUCUGGAGCCUGACAGCUUCUCUGAGGGAGGGCCCCCAGGCCGGCCGAAGCCGGGCGCCGGUGUCCCCGACUUCCUGCCCUCGGCCCAGAGGGCCCUGUACCUGAGGAUCCAGCAGAAGCAGCAGGAGGAGGAGGAGAGAGCGAGGAGGCUGGCUGAGAGCAGCAAGCAGGACCGGGAGAAUGAGGAAGGUGACACUGGAAACUGGUACUCAAGUGAUGAGGAUGAGGGUGGGAGCAGCGUCACGUCCAUCUUGAAGACCCUGAGACAGCAGACAUCUAGCCGACCCCAGGCUUCUGUUGGGGAGCUGAGCAGCAGUGGGCUGGGGGACCCCCGCCUCCAGAAGGGAGGCCGGCUGGCUGACCCCCGCCUCAGCCGGGACCCCAGACUCACUCGCCACGCCGACGCUUCCAGUGGGUCAGGCCCAGGUGACACAGGACCCUCUGACCCUCGACUGGCUCGCUCCCUGCCCGCACCCAAGCCAGAAGGCAGCCUUCAUUCCAACCCUGCAGGCCCCAGCGGCUCAAAGGGCUCUGGGCAACCCCCUGCAGAAGAGGAGGAAGGGGAGCGGGCCCUUCGAGAGAAGGCUGUGAACAUUCCCCUGGACCCCCUCCCUGGGCACCCGCUGCGGGACCCACGAUUGCAGCUGCAGCAGUUCAGCCACAUUAAGAAGGAUGUGACACUGAGCAAGCCGAGCUUCGCACGCACUGUACUCUGGAACCCUGAGGACCUGAUCCCUCUGCCCAUCCCCAAGCAGGAUGCAGUGCCCCCGGUUCCUGCAGCCCUGCAGUCCCUGCCUGCCUUGGAUCCCAGGCUGCAUCGUGCCGCCGCCUCAGGCCCCCCCAACCCCCGGCAGCGCCCAGGCCCCUCCACAGAUCCCAGCACAGCCGGCUCCAACCUGCCUGACUUUGAGCUCCUUUCUCGCAUCCUCAAGACUGUCAAUGCCACUGGCCCCUCGGCAGCUCCUGGCCCCAGUGACAAGCCCAGUGACCCCCGAGUGCGGAAAAUGCCCACCGACCCUCGGCUGCAGAAACCAGCAGACUCCGCUGCCUCCUCCCGGGUAGCCAAGCCUGGUCCCACUGAAGCACCAUCUCCAGCCGCCAGCCCCAGUGAGGAGUCCUCCCCGCCAGCCACCGCCCCCUAUGAUCCCCGCGUGCUGGCGGCUGGUGGCCUGGGCCAGGGCAGCGGGAGCGGGCAGAGCAGUGUGCUGAGCGGCAUCAGCCUCUACGACCCUAGGACUCCCAACGCAGGUGGCAAAGCCGCUGAGCCGUCUGCUGAUGCGGGCUCCCAGCCCAAGGGCCCCGAGGGCAACGGCAAGAGCCCCGGCACCAAGGCCAAGGAGCCCCCGUUUGUCCGCAAGUCCGCCCUGGAACAGCCUGAAUCCGGGAAGUCCGGGGCAGAUGGGGGCGCGGCUGCAGCCACAGACAGAUACAACAGUUACAACCGGCCCCGGCCCAAGGCUGUUGCAGCCCCUGCCACCGCCACAGGCGCCCCAGCACCAGAGGGCGCCCCGCCCCAGCCCGGCGUGCACAACCUGCCCGUGCCCACCCUCUUCGGGACGGUGAAACAGGCGCCCAAGACGGGCACUGGAAGCCCGUUUGCUGGCAACAGCCCGGCCCGUGAGGGUGAGCAAGACGCUGGGUCCCUGAAAGAUGUUUUUAAAGGCUUUGACCCCACUGCCUCCCCCUUUUGCCAGUAGUGUUAAGCCGGAGACAAGCGCUCCCUGCACCCCACCCUUCCCAGGGCAAUAUUUAAGGGCAGCAACCAGAGCUGGGGACUAGGGGGAGGGGGGAGGGGGACUGGGUGUUCUUUCUUUUCUUUUUCCUUUUUUUUUCUUUUUUCUUUUUCUUU